GCGCGCGCCUUGUCAAAGCCUUUGGCGCCACAGACAGUUUAGAAGCUGUUAUCAGUGAGGUUCGUCCAGCUGUUUGUCUACUAGCCACCAAAUUCAGUCGUAUUUUAUUAAUAAACCACCUUCUUGCAGUCAUGGCAAAUCUCUCAGCGGGCGCGAUUGAGGCUUUAGCAAAUGGCAGCGGUUGGAACGAAGCAGUGCUUCAGUUGGUGAACAUUCGCAAGAUCGAUGGAGGAAGUGGGCCCUCUCGCUUUAGGGUGAUGAUGAGCGAUGGACAACACACACUGUCAUCCUUCAUGCUCUCUACUCAGCUAAACUACAUGGCCGAGAAGAACAUCCUGGUCCCAAACUGUGUGUGUGUCCUCAAGAGGCAGGUGACGAAUAUGCUCAAAGAUGGACGACGAGUGGUAAUCAUUUUAGAAAUUGAAGUCAUCAAGCCUGCUGAAGAGGUUGCUGGUAAAAUAGGAGACCCUACUCCUUAUUCUGAUGGUCAGAGUAAAGGCCAGCAGCCAGCACCAGUCCCUGAAAGCAGACCACCUCUGCAGCAACAAAAUAGAAAUGAAGUGACCAGAAAUUUAAAAAGAGACUUUAUAAAGAUGGCUCCUUCCGCUUUGCCUGAUACUCCAGGGGGGAGCUCCAAAGUUGUGCCCAUCGCCAGUCUCAACCCCUACCAGUCCAAGUGGACGAUCCGCGCUCGUGUAACCAACAAGAGCUCAAUUCGUACAUGGAGCAACUCUCGUGGUGAUGGAAAACUCUUCUCUAUGGAGAUUGUAGAUGAGAGUGGAGAGAUCAGAGUGACGGGCUUUAACCAAGAAGUUGACAAGUUCUUCUCUCUGAUCGAGGUUGGCAAGGUCUACUAUAUCUCCAAGGGCUCCCUGAAGAUCGCAAACAAGCAGUACACAUCAGUGAAGAAUGACUAUGAAAUGACUCUCAAUGGAGAGUCCACCAUCAUUCCCUGCGAGGACAACUGUGAUGUUCCCAUGGUGCAGUGUGACUUUGUCUCCAUUGGCGACUUGGAAAACAGAGACAAAGAUGCUAUUGUUGACGUAAUUGGAGUGUGCAAGAGCGUGGACGAGGUGACCCGGCUGACAACCAAGUCUAACCGUGAAGUAUCCAAGAGAACAUUGAGUCUGAUGGACAUGUCUGGGAAGUUGGUGACGGUCACACUGUGGGGAGAGGAGGCAGAAACGUUCGAAGGCUCUGGACAGCCGAUUGUAGCCAUCAAGGGGGCAAAGCUCUCAGACUUUGGAGGCCGUUCACUUUCUGCAUCCUUCAGCAGCACCAUGAUGAUUAACCCAGAUAUUCCAGAGGCAUACAAGCUCAGAGGCUGGUUUGACAAGGAAGGACAUGCCAUGGAGGGACAGUCCCUGACGGAGGUGAGAGGCGGAAGACUCAUGGAAAACUGGAAGACUUUGGCUGAUGUGAAGUCGGAGCACCUGGGACACGGUGACAAGGCUGACUACUACUCCUGCAUAGCCACCAUCGUAUUUCUGCGCAAGGAGAACUGCCUUUAUCAGGCCUGCCCAAGCCAGGACUGCAACAAAAAAGUGGUUGACCAGCAGAAUGGCAUGUUCCGCUGUGAGAAGUGCGAUAAAGAGUUUCCCAACUUCAAGUACCGCCUCAUUCUAUCUGCCAACAUUGCGGAUUACGCCGACAACCAGUGGGUAACUUGCUUCCAGGAGAGUGCAGAGGCCAUUCUGGGCCAGAAUGCAGCUUACUUGGGCCAGCUCAAGGACUCGAAUGAAUCAGCUUUUGAUGAGAUCUUCCAGCAAGCAAACUUCAACACUUUUAUCUUCCGCAACAGAGUGAAGCUGGAAACGUAUAACGACGAAUCCAGGAUUAAGGCCACAGUGAUGGACGUGAAACCUGUCGACCACAGAGAGUACAGCAAGAGGCUAAUCGUGAACAUACGGAAAAUGGGCGCCAAGUAGAAACUUGACCAUGCAGAUUGUUGGAUCUGAUUUAUUUUUUUUGUACAGGCAACAAACAGUUAUAAAUGUGUUCCAGUUUCCACUAUUAAAACAUUUGUAUUUAGUUUAUUUUGGUUUGUGAAAUAUAGAGCUAAAGUAACUUUGUCUUUAUGAAACACUUUGAGGUCUGAUUGACUAUUUUUCUUCUGUAAACAUAAAAUCGCUUUUGUCUCUUUUUUUUAUUUAAUCUAACAUAAUAGAGCAGAAACUAGGACAGUAAGCGAUGAGCAAAAUAAUGGUGUUUUAAGUCACCCAGCUGUUUGUGCAUAUAUUGUGGGGAUGGUGGGUGCCUGAUUUUAAGUAUAGACCAGUACAGUGGUUAGGACUCUUUUUCACCCUCUGAUGCAAAAUGCUUAGGCUGGACCUGCACAUUCCUGAUAAGAACAUUUAUGCUCGCACUCUUCUUUUUUUGGCACCAUUUCUCACAUUCUUGCAACCAGAAGCCCAUGGAUGGUGCAGACCUUAUGGAAAUAAAAAGUCAAUAACA